UUGAAUAUUGCUUGAUAAUCAUAAAAAAGAUCAUUUACUAGUCUUUGGUCUAUCUUGCAGAAGUGUGCGCAAAGGCACCAAUAAUCGUCAAAAUUCUGUCUAGGUGGUUAUCGAGAAGAGUGAAGAAAAGAAGAGAAGGGAGAAGAUACUUGAGUGAGAUGAAAAUAAGUAACCAGGGGGCUAACUAUAGAAGAGAGGGGAUCUACUUGGGAAGGAAGAAGACAGAAGGAGGGCAAAAGUGCAAAGUGGCAGAUCUGAUCGAGAAGGGUCAAAUCCCUAGCCAUCUCCUUCGAUCCCCUUGGGGCCUGGCACAACUCAUCUCUCUCCCUCACCCCUCCUUCUCCACCUCCGGCCGCCGCCACAGCCAGGCCGGCGUGGUGAUGCGCCACCCAGCAUCUCACCUGCUCCACACCGCCGCCGCAUCACCACCUCGCGCCGCCGCACCAUCCACCACCACGAUCAUCUCCUUCCACCCGCUCCACAACACUGCCGCAUCACCACCUCCAGCGCCAUCCAUCCCCUCACGCAUCCAUCCAUCAGCGCCACCAGCUCCACCACCACACCACUGAAUGCCCAUGCGCUGCUGCUCUAUCUUUCUUCCUCCCCUACUGCUUUCUGCUGCCCCUUCUUCGCCUACCUCGCUGCUGCUCCUCCACCUCUCUUCUUCUCCCAAGAUCUGCUCCUGCUGCUUUCUCUAAUAUCCCCACGCCUUUGCUGUUCUUCUUGCCCAAACCUUGCUGCUGCUCCUUCUCUGAACAUACUGCUGCCACUGCGCUCAGCUGCUUCUUCUCUGAACCUACUGCUGCUCCUCUCCAGCGCCCCCUUGCUGCUCUUCUCCAGCGCUUCCUUGCUGCUCCUAGUUCUUCUCUAAACUAAAACUGUUGCUGCUUCUCUCCUCUCUUACUUCUUGCAAAUUUCUGAAAACUGCUAGGUGAACCUUGUGUGAUAUUCAGAUUUGUGCCUUGAGAUGCUUAUGUAAUAUUCAGAUUUGAAGUGUACUUGCAAUCUGCUGUUUGCUCUGUUUAAGUACUUGUAUAAUAUAGUGUAUGUGUUUUGAGAUCUGACUAGUUGAGGCUUUGUUACUUUGAGAGAUACUUGAUCUAUCAUAUUUUGGUUUUGUCAAUUGGUAUUCUGCUAGUAUGUGUGUGUGUGUGUGUGUGUAAUUCAUCAAAAAUAUUGUUGUGUGCUGAUGAUUAAUGUCCAGUUUACUGUUCCUGCGAUAUAUACAUAUGUGUGUUUGUGGUGUGAUACAUAUAUACCUGUGAUUUUAUUUUGUAGUGAGACUGCUCUUUGUGAAGUCAGAGGUGUGAUUGUUUUUAAUCUCAAGUUCAAUGUGCUAGCUAUGCACCAGUGACAUAUGUGACAUGUAUAUGUGAUGUGAAACAAUUGUAUGCUGUCCCUAAUCUUGUUCCUUCCGCGUGUCUUAUACUUGCUAGUUUUAUAUACAUAUAUGUGUUCUUGUCUUGUUAGUUCCCUUUGUUGAAGUUGUCCCCCUGUAGUUUUUAUUUCUCAAGUUCUAGGAAAACACCAAAAAGAUAGUAAGUAAUAUCUGAACCUCCCUUUGCUAUUUUGCAUUUUCUUUGUGGAUUAUCUUCGGGAACACUCAUUGUUAGUUUAGAUUCUUAUUUUCUGCAUUUAUCUCUUAAAAUUGUGCUUCCUAGCUUUAGCCGAGCAUAGUUGCCGUCGCCUAGUCCCUGUGGAGAACACGACAUCCGUAGUUUGGGGCGUAAAACCCCCGCUAUACUUUCAAUUGAUCAUUUUGGCGCCGUUGCCGGGGACUAGCGUCGAGCAUUUGUGUGAGGCUUUAGACUAGGUUUAGCUUGUUUCCUUUUUGUGCUUUAUAUAUUUGUGAUAUAUCUCUAGCCACUAACCCCUGUUCUAGUUAGUAUCUUUUUGUCUUCUUUUCCUUUUUGCAGGUUGGAUUAUCCUCUCGGUUAUGGCUUACUAUUCAGAUCAUCAGGCUUAUGCGAGCAACACUACAAACAACACGGAAAGUGUUCAAGAACUGAUAGGUAAGAUUUCCCAUCGAUUAGAUGAUUUAGCUUGGCAGCGAGAAGGAGUUUUUGAGGAUAGGCCUAGCUCUUAUGAUCCUUAUUCUAGAGGCUAUCCUUAUGUUGCUCCUACCUGCCAUAUUUGUGGAUUUCAGGGCCAUUCACCCGCUGAAUGUCAGCAUGGUUACUCUCACCCUCUUGAUUGUUAUGGCAUGAGCUUCGCCCCACAGCCUAGCUCAUACCAAAACAAUUACACACAUGGGUGGCCUGAAAACCAUAAUAUGUCAUAUAGGAGCAAUAACCCUGAGAUCUCAUCGUUUGCCUCUAGUUAUCCAAUGCAGGGAUUCAGGUACAAUGAGGAGAACCACAACUAUGCUCCACAACAGAUUUAUUCACCUCCUAAUCAUAUACCUCAAUACCAGGAGAUGUGUCCAAUGGAGUUAAAUGGUCCUCCAUUUGGUCAACCAACACCUUCAACACAAGUGCCUACUCAAGAUGAGUUCGAUGACAUAGACAAGCUCGCACUUUUGAGUCUUGAGUUCACUUGGAGUGCCGAGGAUGAUCCUAUUAGGAAGGUUAUACUAGAUGAAAUGAAGAAGAUCAAGAGUGGGCAUGAGCUAGUGGAAGAAGUAAUGAAGAUUGAGAAGAACAUCAACGCUGGCAGUACUAUCUCUUCCCUCCUUGAGUUGAGUGUUGCUGGGAUAUCCCUUGAGGUGUGUGAGGUUUCAACACCGUCACAUUCAGCUGAGCAAGAUAGCGAGAGUCCAGAGGAAGAAAGACCCCAGAUUGAAGAAGAUGAACUAGAAGACAAGGAACAGGAUGAUCAAGAGCUGCAAUUCCCAAGUGAUCAAGUUGAAGACUCAUCAUCUACUACUGAAGAAGUACAAGAAGCUGCUGUAGAUAAAGAUGAAGAUCAUGAGAUUCAUUUGCCUAUUGUCAUACCAGAGCGUGAUGUGUCAGGACCCUGGUGGACCCAUGGCAUGGGGAUGAGGAGAAGGAGCACACAUGAAGAGAGAAGUUGGAGCAGGCAUGAGGAUAGGGAAGCAAAAGGAGAGGAGUCGCAAUGCACGUGGAUGUGAGAGUGAUCGAGCGAGACCUACAUCAUAUAAACCCGGUGAGCUGUUUCAUGACCCCAAUCUGAAUACCAUCAUACAUUAUACAUGCUGUAAUCAACUAUUAUUUGGGUUGCUUGAGUCAUUUCUUAAAUACCAUCCCACUGAAUUUUACCUUCGACAUAGGGCGAUUGAUGUGAAUAUGUGAACUGAGUGUUGAAUGCCUUGUAAACUAGUGAUCUACACCAUCCAUGCUUUGCUGAAAUUUGUGGAAGUUAUUAGUUUUGAGUGCUCAAAUCCCUAGUACACUAGAAAACUUGAUCAUUUUCUGCUUUUACCUUGAUACACCUAGAUCACCAUGUUUAGAUGCUGAAUUUGUGCGAAGUGUGUUCCCAUUGAGAGCAAUCACCUAACCACUAUGGAUUAGCAUGCUAUGUUCCCUGGAUCGGUAGCAUGUGAACCAGACAUGGAGAAGUGAUGAUUCCUGUUUUUGUGCUUAUGCGUUGUUCAUUUAAGAUAAGUAAUAUUGAAUAAAUAAGUCUGACUACCUACAGUAGCAUGUCAUGUUCCCGGGAUCGGUGGCAUGUGAAAUCGGGUUAGCUUGGGCAGUAAUUAAAAAAAAUGUAAUUGUCGAACCAGGUGUAUACCAUGUUCUCGGGAUCGGUGGUAUGUUCCUUUGGGGAGACAAACAAAAAAAAACUAAUAAUUGGUCGAGCCAGGUGUAUACCAUGUUCUCGGGAUCGGUGGUAUGUUCCUAUGGUGAGACUAAUAAUAAUAUAAUCAUUGCUUUAUCUCUGUAAAUAAGUGAUUUGAUCACAAGAUUUAAUUCCAGUUCAUUUUGUUCUUGGGAUCAUGCUCUCUUUAGGAACCAUUUGGCACAGUCAUCAUUUAAACUUGUUGAUCCUCUUUUAUCAUUGUAAAGGUUUAAAAUGGUCAUGCUUACUAGUGUCCUAUUGCUCUGUAGCACUCUUAACCAUUGAUUUUCACUAGCUAAGUCCAAAAGCAUGCAUUGUUUAGAGAUCUACUUCCUUGGACAUUCUCUAGUCAGCUCACUAUUUACUAUCUUGCUCUUGUCAUAUGCCUUUGCUUGAGGACAAGCAAAGAUUUAAGUGUGGGGGAACUUGAUAAGUAUAUUUCACAUAUAUAAUUUUGGUACUCAAAUGUAGCAUCUAUCGUGAUAUAUCCGUCCAUUCUUGCCAUGCUUGAUUGAAUAUUGCUUGAUAAUCAUAAAAAGAUCAUUUACUAGUCUUUGGUCUAUCUUGCAGAAGUGUGCGCAAAGGCACCAAUAAUCGUCAAGAUUCUGUCUAGGUGGUUAUCGAGAAGAGUGAAGAAAAGAAGAGAAGGGAGAAGAUACUUGAGUGAGAUGAAAAUAAGUAACCAGGGCGCUAACUAUAGAAGAGAGGGGAUCUACUUGGGAAGGAAGAAGACAGAAGGAGGGCAAAAGUGCAAAGUGGCAGAUCUGAUCGAGAGGGGUCAAAUCCCUAGCCAUCUCCUUCGAUCCCCUUGGGGCUUGGCACAACUCAUCUCUCUCCCUCACCCCUCCUUCUCCACCUCCGGCCGCCGCCACAGCCAGGCCGGCGUGGUGGUGCGCCACCCAGCAUCUCACCUGCUCCACACCGCCGCCGCAUCACCACCUCGCGCCGCAGCACCAUCCACCACCACGAUCAUCUCCUUCCACCCGCGCCACAACACUGCCGCAUCACCACCUCCAGCGCCAUCCAUCCCCUCACGCAUCCAUCCAUCAGCGCCACCAGCUCCACCACCACACCACUGAAUGCCCCCGCGCUGCUGCUCUAUCUUUCUUCCUCCCCUACUGCUUUCUGUUGCCCCUUCUUCGCCUACCUCGAUGCUGCUCCUCCACCUCUCUUCUUCUCCCAAGAUCUGCUCCUGCUGCUUUCUCUAAUAUCCCCACGCCUUUGCUGUUCUUCUUGCCCAAACCUUACUGCUGCUCCUUCUCUAAACAUACUGCUGCCACUGCGCUCAGCUGCUUCUUCUCUGAACCUACUGCUGCUCCUCUCCAGCGCCCCCUUGCUGCUCUUCUCCAGCGCUUCCUUGCUGUUCCUAGUUCUUCUCUGAACUAAAACUGCUGCUGCUUCUCUCCUCUCUUACUUCUUGCAAAUUUCUGAAAACUGCUAGGUGAACCUUGUGUAAUAUUCAGAUUUGUGCCUUGAGAUGCUUAUGUAAUAUUCAGAUUUGAAGUGUACUUGCAAUCUGCUGUUUGCUCUGUUUAAGUACUUGUAUAAUAUAGUGUAUGUGUUUUGAGAUCUGACUAGUUGAGGCUUUGUUACUUUGAGAGAUACUUGAUCUAUCAUAUUUUGGUUUUGUCAAUUGGUAUUCUGCUAGUAUGUGUGUGUGUGUGUGUGUGUAAUUCAUCAAAAAUAUUGUUGUGUGCUGAUGAUUAAUGUCCAGUUUACUGUUCCUGCGAUA